AGUUGUUGGCCAUGGCGAAAUCCAAGCAAGGUGGACGAAACCACAAGAAGCCCGCCGCCGCUGCUCCUGUUGCGGAGAAGCGCAAGGCGGUGUACUACAGUGGCUCUAGUGACGAGGAAGAGGACUCGUACAAGCAUGGAAUUCCGCUAAAGUCUCUCGAGAAUGCCGGUGUCCGUGACUUCACGACCCAGGUGGUCGCCGACGAGGGCAAGAGCAAGAAGAAGAACAAAAAGAAGGGCAAGAAGGAGCCUGCCCACGUGGCCAACGAAGAGCCUGAACCGCGUAAGAAGAAGCUGAACAACGACUUGCCUUUGGAAGAGCGCAAGAAGCGGUUGUUGGAGCAAAAGGCCAUUCGGUCCGAGAAGGUCGUGUGGCGCAAGUUUGGCCGUGAAAACUCUGCGUUUGAAGAGUAUUACCGUCAGCUGUGGGGCAUCGAUGACACGGAGUGGAAAGUGGUCACCAAGUGCCUGGAAACCCCGCCGUCCGUGCACUUUCGCAUCAACGGCACGUUUCGCAGCUUGAGCGACAUUGCCAAAGGCAGUGUGGAGUGCGAUUUUGACGUGGAUGGAUCGGUGCUGAAGCUGUCGACUGGCGAAGAAAAGCCGCUGCAGUUGCAACCCGUGGAGUGGUUGAACGACGACUCGUCGUCGAUUUGGAAGAUCAACGUGGACAGCAAAACGCUUCGGAAAACCAAGCAAUUGGAUGGGAUCAACACGUUCAUUCGAGACCAAACGGCCGCGGGCACGUUGGUCCGCCAAGAACCGACCAACAUGCUGCUUCCCAUCUACUUGGACGUCCACCCAGGCCAUGCUGUACUCGACUUGAACGGAUCGGGGGCGAGCCGCGCCGCCCAGAUCGUGGAAGGCCUGCAAGACCCGACCAACGAGUUUGAACCCAAGGGGGUAGUCGUAGUCAACGAGCAGGACGCGGCCAGCGCAACCAAAGCAACUCGGAUGGUCGCUCAGACUGUCGCGAACGCCGCGUCAGUGAUUGUCACUGCGCACAAGAGCGAAGAGUUUCCCGACAUCGAAGGCGACGGAGACCGACUGUUUGAUCGCAUUCUGUGCUCCGUGCCGUGUUCUGGCGACGGAUCGAUCCGAAAGUUCCCGGAGAAAUGGCGCUGCUGGGCCCCGUCGACCGCGUAUGCGUUCCACGCGACGCAGCUGGAGCUGGCCACGAGGUCGCUGCAGCUGCUGGCGGUGGGCGGGCGGCUGGUGUACGCCACGCGGUCGUUCAGCCCCGUCGAGAACGAAGCGAUUGUGGCGGCGUUGCUACGUACAGGAGCGUGCGAAUUGGUGGACGUGUCCGACGCUGUGCCUGCUUUGCAGACCCGACCGGGGGUCGAGUCGUGGGAGGUCGUCGACGACUCGCUGGCCACGCUCAAGUCGUUCGAGUCCACUUCCGAAGACACUCGGCGGCGCCUCAAGCUCCGCCCGACCAUGUUUGGCCCCCAAGCAUCGGAAAAGUCGUUCCACUUGGACCGAUGUGUGCGGGUACUGCCCCAUGACAACGACACGCACGGGAUGUUUGUGGCCGUGCUGCACAAGACGAACGAGUUGGUUUCGGUGGCUGCUGGUCCCGCUGCCGCCGCGCCGCUACCUUCCUCGGACAAGAAAGUCGCCACCGCGGACAAAAAGAAGCUACUGAAGCAGCGCGUGGGGGUAUACAGCCCCAUCAGCUCUGGUCACUUCAAGCUAGUGUCGAGUGGGUUUGGCAUUGAUUUGCCUUCCACGAGCUUUAUGGAACACUUGAACUUUACCAAGACCCGCGAUGUGCACUACGUCACAGAGGGUGUCGCCAAUGUGCUGGGGCGGUAUGCUGGUCGGCUGCAUGUGCACAAGGCGGGCACGACGGCGUUUCAAAUGACUCCGACGGGGUGUGUUGUGGCGGACGACGGUCUGCGCGCGAUCGUCCGGCAUUGUUCGGAACGUGUGAUUACGUUGGACAUGGACGAGUUUUCCCAAAUGGUGAACGUCAAGCAUGCAUGGCUAAAGCACUUGAGUGAGAAAGCACAAGCGCAGCUCAACGACUUGGACGACGGCAGUGUGAUAUUGGCACUGGACGAGAGCGAGCCCAUCCAAACCGCCGACUCGGACAUUGUGAUCAUUGCCAACAAGCGCCACUCGUCCUUGUCGGUCACGGCCGCCACGGGCUCCCUCGUGCGCAUCAAGGCACUCAUGCUAGAGUUGGACGUGGACGAAAACGACGAGAAGGAUGGCUACGACUCGAUGGAGUACGACGAGUAACGUUAGUUAUUAGAACGAAGCAACUGUGUACUCAUAGAUUUAUUGGUGCUUUGAAAUGUACUAAGCGUAAC